AUGCACCCUACAUUUGUUAAAUACUAUAAGCAGAGAUAUAGAAAAGAUGAAGGACACGCAGAGGAUACAAUCACACACAAGGGACUUACUGAUCGCCUCUUGAACUGGGCACAUGAGGUCACAGAAGACCAGAAUGAGCUGAGAUGUGGCGUUCCUGACAUCGCAGAAUAUGCCAUCAUAGAAAAGGAUUUAAAAUGGGUGUCCGCCAUCAUAACAUAUAGGAUAGUUAGCUACACCCCAGAUCUGCCACCAGCUGAUGUGGAUCGGAACAUACGAGAAGCCUUGAAAGUGUGGAGCAAGGUGACCCCGCUCCAAUUUAUACAGCUUCGUAGUGGAGAUGCUGACUUGAUGAUCUUCUUUGCUGACAAAGAACAUGGGGAUUUCUUCCCUUUCGAUGGUCCUAGAGGAGUGCUGGCUCACGCCUUUCCUCCUGGUGAGCACUUGGGUGGCGAUGUUCAUUUUGAUGAUGAUGAAACAUGGACAGUGGAUUCAGAAGACUGUAACUUGUUCUCAGUGGCUGUGCAUGAAUUUGGACACACAAUGGGACUGGCACACUCCAGCAAUCCUUAUGCUCUUAUGUACCCCAUCUACAAUUACUUGACUUCAGAAAACUUCACCCUUCCUGCCGAUGAUAUCCUGGGCAUACAGGAACUGUAUGGUUCCAGACCUUCAAGUGUUAUAACUCCCACAAUCUGCAGCCAGGAGGUACCGAUUGAUGCCAUGGCACAUUGGGAAGAAGGCAUCAUUAUAUUUAAAGACAGACAUGUGUGGUAUCACCAUCCAAUGUUGCCUGAACAUAAGGCAAUCGUAACAACUUCACUGUGGGAAGACGUUCCUGAUUUCAUAGAUGCCGCCUAUAAUUACCCAGAAAAGGAUAACAUUUUGUUAUUUAAAGGGAGACAGUUCUGGUCUGUCAAUGGAUCCAAUCUGAAAGUUGAAGGACCUGGAGAUAUUGGUGACUUUGGCUUCCCUGGGUCUGUGAUGAGAAUAGAUGCUGCUGUCCAUGAUGGAGAGAAAGGAAAAACCUUAUUUUUUACAGGAGACCUGUGUUGGAGUUACGAUGAGCAACAAAGACAGAUGGACAGCGGGUUUCCGGUACUGCUGGAGUCACAGUUCCCUGGUGUUGGAAAUAAAGUGGAUGCAGCCUAUAUGCAUGAGAACGGGAACAUCUAUUUUUAUCAUGGAGAUGCACAGAUUGAGUAUGACCCAAGGAUCUGCCAUGUUUCAGAUGUCAGGGAAGAAUUCUCUGCCUUGUGUUAA